ACAACUUUUUCAAUUCAUAAUGUCAGCUAUUUGUUCCAUACAAAGUUAAAUUAACAUCAAACCAUUGGUAAUCAAAUAUAACAAGCUGGCUAGAAGGACCGAUGUCUUAAGCCAUUUAUCAAUGUUAGCCAUGCCGGGUUUCACAAAAACCUGAUUGUUUGCCAGGAGGAGGAACAGGUGACAACAAUCAGGACCACUCUAACUUUAGAAAAACGUACGAAUCACUGACAUCAAACGGUGGUCAACAGUUUCCCUUGGUCUGAGCCUCUAAAAGGGUCCAUUGAAAUGUGAACUCAUGAACCAAUUUCAUUAUGCCGUGGAUAGUAUGGAUUUUACUUUCGAUCGCCACUUUAGGCGAUUCUAUCAAGGUAAAACUGGUCGUUCCAAAAUUUGUAAAAUCCGGAUCGACGGCAAUACUUGUAUGCCAGUACAACUUGGAAGGUAAAAAAUUAUACUCUGUCAAAUGGUACAGAGGGAACCAUGAGUUCUUCAGGUACAUUCCAAGGGACAUACCUCCCAUGAAAUCGUUUCACCUCCAUGGGAUAAACGUGGAUCUUCUUGGGUCCAGUGCUCACCAAGUGACACUUUUAAAUGUUUCUAAAUACAUCGGCGGAAUAAUUAGCUGUGAAGUGUCUUCUGAUGAUACAUUUUCAACUGCUACAGAUUCUGCCAAUCUCACCGUAACAGACAUAAGAAGGCCAGUUUUAAUUAUUGCAAACAACUUACUCUAUCCAGAUGUACCUUUUCAAAUAAACUGUUCUGCUCAAGUGACAGAUCCUCUGCCGACAAUCACAUUUUAUGUAGAAAACGAAAAGGUGGAGGCGAAGUGUAUGCAGCAAUUAGGCCCUGGCUUGGUCAGCCUCACAUUGCCAAAGGCAUAUCUAAAUAAACUUGACAAUUCAAUCUAUACAUCGCCAAUUCGAAUAAGAUGUGAAGCAUCAGUCAGAGAAAGUUAUAAUCUUUCGAGUUCAAGUAUACCAAUCAUUCCACAAACAGUAUUAGGUGAAGUUUCCUCAGCUCAUAGUGAUUUGAAUAAGGCUUUAUUGAUAACUUUAUUAGCUGUAUUUAUAACUUUGUGAUUUAGAAAUUUAGAUAUCUCAAAAAGUUUUUACUGUAGUAGGAACCAUUUUACACAUUGUUCAAUAGAAAUUGUUAAAUAAUAAUUUUUAUUGAUUAGAUGAUGAAAUGUACAUGAUGUUUACAUAAUAAAAAUUGUUUUAUUAAUAAGUUUUGUUUGUGAAUUAUCUACCUAUUUUGACCAAAAACAACAAAUCAACACCCUACAGAACUUAACAAGAAAUGUUACAACAUGUUGGAAUUAAGUUUUCCUUUAACUACAGUUUAAUUUAUUCAAUUAAAGAAGCAAGAUUUAUUAGGGGGUUGAUUUUAAAAUCUAAAAAAAUAUUUUUUAUAUCCUGCAUCCUAUGGCACAAAAGAUUCCAAAUCAACGUCAAAGAUAUAUUUCUUUAUUUGACUUUAUUAAUGGCCUUAAACAUUUUCACAGCCAAUAUACAUAAUUAUUUUAAUGUAUAAUACAUUAUU